AAUACUUAGUCAUCCUUGUCAGUUCUUCUGUUCGACUCGCUUCGGUGCUUCCCUUUGAUGGCUGGGCGAGGAAAAAUGAACCCCAAAAUCGACAAACUCGUGAGGAGGACGACUAUGGUGGCCACUGUUACUGCUUCCUAUUUCCUUCUCACUGCCGACUAUGGUCCCGAACCCAAUGCUCUUGACCCUAUUAAAAAUGCAAUACUGUCAGCAGAGCAAUCCGUGAAGGAGUUCAUUUUCCGACCAGAGAAAGGAGGAUCUCAAGAAAAUGAGAAGGAAAAGACCGGCUCAAGCAAUGCAAAGGACCAUCCAUAGCCUUGCAGAGAGGACCGGUACAAAUCAUGGUUUGUAGGAAAUCUCUUCUUGUAAUGUCUGUCUCCUCUUGGAAAGAAUUUUGGGUUAUGCUUACUGACUGUUCUUCUUCACUUGAGCUUUAUAAAUCUGGUGAAUGUGCUUGCUGUAGUUUUUCUCUUGAGUCUGAAACAUAGAUUUGAAUUAAGUGCAUGUACAUGGUUUGUGAACUUGCUUUAUAUUUAAUUUCCAGUGUUUUUAACUUUGUCAA